AUGUCAGAGAACAAAACAGGCUUGCACACGUGGAAGCAGGAGAGAAGCUCGUUGCUUCGGAGAUGGUAUGACUUAAUGAUACAAAACAAAGACGACCUGGCCAAGAUAAUCACAGCUGAGAAUGGGAAGCCGCUAAAGGAAGCCCAGGGAGAAGCCCUGUAUUCCGCCCUGUUCCUUGAGUGGUUCUCCGAGGAAGCCCGUCGCAUCUACGGAGACAUCAUCUAUACGGCCGCGAAAGACAAGAGGGGGCUGGUCCUUAAGCAGCCUGUGGGGGUGGCUGCUGUCAUCACUCCGUGGAAUUUCCCCAGCGCCAUGAUCACCAGGAAGGUGGGGGCCGCCCUGGCAGCCGGCUGCACGGUUGUGGUGAAACCUGCGGAAGACACACCCCUCUCCGCCCUGGCCCUGGCUGAGCUUGCCAACCAGGCCGGAAUUCCUCCCGGUGUGUACAAUGUCGUUCCCUGCUCUCAAAAGAAGGCCAAAGAGGUCGGAGAAGCUCUUUGUACUGACCCUCUGGUAUCCAAAAUUUCCUUCACUGGCUCAACAGCUACUGGGAAGAUCCUGUUGCGCUAUGCUGCGGACUCGGUGAAGCGAGUCUCCAUGGAGCUUGGCGGCCAUGCCCCUUUCAUUGUGUUCGACAGUGCCAACGUGGACCGGGCUGUCGCCGGCGCCAUGGCAUCCAAGUUUCGGAACUCUGGCCAGACCUGUGUCUGCUCAAACCGUUUCUUGGUGCAAAAAGGCAUCCACGAUUCCUUUGUGAAAAAAUUUGCAGAAGCAAUAAAGCGAGACCUGCGUGUAGGCAAUGGUUUUGAGGAGGGAACCACGCAAGGCCCACUAAUUAAUGAAAAAGCAAUCGAAAAGGUAGAGAAACACGUGAGUGACGCAGUUUCCAAAGGGGCCACCAUUGAGACAGGAGGGAAGCGACAUCAGUUUGGGAAAAAUUUCUUUGAGCCCACACUGCUCAGCAACGUCACCCGGAACAUGAUUUGCACCCAUGAGGAAACGUUUGGGCCUCUGGCACCUGUUAUCAAGUUCGACACAGAGGAGGAGGCCGUAGCGAUUGCGAAUGCCGCCGACGUCGGGCUCGCAGGUUAUUUUUACUCUCAAGACCCGGCCCAGAUCUGGCGGGUGGCCGAGCAGCUGGACGUUGGCAUGGUCGGAGUUAACGAAGGGCUGAUCUCCACUGUGGAGUGCCCCUUCGGGGGCGUGAAGCAAUCUGGCCUUGGACGAGAAGGGUCCAAGUACGGCAUCGAUGAGUAUCUGGAACUCAAGUAUAUGUGUUUUGGGGGCUUGUAGGAUCCUUCCGCGCUCUACAAGAUGAAAAGGAAAGAGGAAACUUACGUACGGACAUGGGAACAUGCCGUCCAUUAUCUUCAAUACACGUACAGAGUUCUCCUAGGUUAUCUGAAUGUAUGAUUUUAAUGCUCAUCCGGUCCUUGUAACUGUAAAGAGAUGUUCCUGCUCCUCCCAUCACCCAACUUGGGACCAACAUGCGCCACAGGGCCACCGCCGCCGCAGAUGCCCGGAGGACCAGCGUUGGGCUGGUGGAUCGAAAUCCAGGGAGCUCUCGCUGUGAGUCAGGCAGCCCCUCCUGCCUCGACCACCGACCGCAUUGCCCCCAGGGAGUGCAGGAAAGCCCACCUCUGACUAACGGGCUGCUCAGGGGGCACAGCACCCCCUUUCCGGGCCACCAUCCAGUCACCCAUAAAAGCUUAUUGUGUAUCCAC